GUCUCCGCCACUACUGUAGUGACAUACUGAUGCUCACGAAAAACAACUUGCUAGCCCUUUUACACACAGGAAAACAAUACUUAUAUUUAAACUAACUUGCCCCAUGGCUUAAAAUCCCUUAUAUCGGACAACGCAGCUGUGAACGAAAAUACACACCGUUGAGGUAACGUUAACGUCAUUUGUAGCUAACGACCUGGCACCCAGUUAGAUAGCUAUAACUAUCGUCAGCUAGAUUUCUGCUAUAAUGCUAAUAGGUUAUGGCAGUGAGUAACGUUACUGCAGCUUGGUAAGAUAGCUACACCAGUUGCCAGACUGGUCCUUCUAGCUACUUUACUAGUCAUUAGUCAACCUGGGUUGCAUACUUGCAUUGAUCUGAUCGUGCAUUGCUGUGUACAAAUGUAACGUUAUGUAUCAUCAUCAAGGCCAUGUAUUCCUGUAAGCUUGCUCACACUCACGUCAACGUUUCAGUGCUGCUUUGGACGGUCCAGAGUUGACUUAGCUAGUUGUGGAUGCAUGACGAGAAUCUGAAAGAUGACGACUGAGACCCACGUCAAGGACAUCAAGCCAGGACUCAAGAAUCUCAACGUUAUCUUCAUCGUACUGGAAACAGGUGAGGGGGGCUGUUUCAAUAGCUAACUAACGCCUCAUAACAGUAUUAUUAUGAAUCAUCAAUUAAUGAACAGAAUCAAAUGUUAAUAAUGAUCUUGUAAUGCACUGGAGUGGAAAAAAAGUAAUGUGAAAUCUUACACACAAUAUAAUGUCACAAGAGGUUCAAUAGUCAGAAACAUCCUUCUUAUAUGCCACCAUGUAGUCCUAAUGAGGACAGUUCAUGUUGGGUUUAUUUGAAUCAUGCCAGCCAUCAAAUAACUUACCUGUGUUGAACCUUCCCUCUUCUUUUUUCCACAAGUGGAUGUUUAUUCUCCUCUCACAAUGAGAUAUGACACUUUCCUUGUUCAACUAGCUUGCUCUCGUCUUUGUAAAACAAUCAAAAGCCACUGAUUUAUUUGUCCCUCAACCCCUCUCACACAGGACGAGUGACAAAGACAAAGGAUGGGCAUGAGGUGCGGACCUGUAAGGUGGCCGACAAGACAGGCAGCAUCAGCAUCUCUGUUUGGGAUGAGGUGGGGGGACUGAUCCAAACCGGUGACAUCAUCAGACUCACUAAGGGGUGAGUUAUUGAGUCACGUCACAGUCAAGUCAACACCUCACUGUAUGGACAAAGCGCCAAACCUACUGCUGAGUAUAAAAUCGAUACAGAAAUAAGACCAUCCAGUCAUAUCUACUGUACCUAAUCACCAGUACCUAAUCACCAGAAGUUAUUCGGAUGAAUACGUGCCAUACUUUAUUAGUAGUCUGCAAUCUUGUAUUGAAAUUGCUGCCUUUUUCUCUAGAUAUGCAUCUGUGUUCAAAGGUUGCCUGACUCUGUACACGGGCAGAGGUGGAGAGCUGUUGAAGAUUGGAGAGUAAGUCCUGUAGUUUCUCUGUGCUUAAUUACAUUUCUUGCUACAUAAAUAAAAAGGAGCAGCCAUGUAAAUGUUGCUGAGAGAUGCAUGUAAGUUACUGGUCUAAACUAAUGCCCACUUAAAUGUUUUGUUCAGGUUCUGCAUGGUGUACUCCGAGGUGCCAAACUUCAGUGAGCCUAACCCAGAGUACUCUAACAUGGAUCAGAUGAAAAACAAGACGGUGAGGGGUGUUUUGAACAUAGGGUGGUCAGUGUGUAAGCAUGUCUUACUACAGGAUGCUUUACGGAAGGAUAGGGAAAAAAUAUUAAGUACCUUUUUCUUGUACUGUAUUUGAACAGAUUAUUUAAUUCCCAGGUACUCAGUGACCAAGGAAACAUACUGAACAAUAACAUCUCAUCUGGAGGCUCAGCUGGUAAGUCCACUAUCAAAGACCAACAAAAAAAGAUUGACGUCAAAUGGAAGUGUUUUGGCAAAUGCCUUUGUUAGCGUUUUUCGACAAAAGUAAUUUUGACCUCUGCUGCUUAAGGUGCUAUAGAACUUGUUCUCAACUGGUUUACCUGGUUAAAUAAAGGUGAAAAAAAAAAAAAAAAAAAAAAAAAAAAAUGCAACAAUUCAACCUGCAUGUCUCCCUAAAUGUCAAUGGCAUGUCAGUAGCAGUAAACUAAGUAGCUGCUUGAAGCUGUAAAGUUGCUUAUUUUACCAGUGAGUGGCAGGUUCAGUCACCUUCAGUGUAUAAACAAGCAGUGUCUUCAUUUUAAUUGUGAACACUAUAACACUACUUCACUUUUCCCUUCUAUCACUUUAUGAAGAUUCUAAUUUGAGCAUUACAAUUUCUUAUUGUAGGAAAUGACACUACCAAUGGGAACGGUGUAAAUUCACAAGGUUCCGGGAGCUCGACUAACCCUCAGCAGGGAGGGCGGGCUGGAAGUGGUGUCAGCAGCAGAGCAACCAAUCCAGGAGCAGGAGGGACCACUGUCAAUGGAAAGGAGACCAGACGUUCUGCCAAAAGAUGAUAAGAGCAGAGGGAAGCAAAGUCCAUCCCACGCCAGCAAUUUCUAACUGAGACUACCACUGAAGACUCAUGUUUCUUUUACAACAAACUGUGUAAUCAGUCUUUAUAUUUUUAUAUUUGUGUAUUUAGUUUUUUGUUGUUGAAAUUACCAUGACCAUUACAUUUCAUUUACUUGUCUUUGUAAAGUGGGUUAAGAAAUAGUAUCUUAAUUAGGUUUGUUUAAGGAACACUGUUCACAAAAGAUUAUGUAACAAGUUUCCCUUUAACAAUUUUACAAUUAAGCUGUUUAAUGGGAAGCCAUGUGUUUUUCAAAGUUAGACAGGCAGGGAUGUUACCUUCCCUUUGUUUAAAAUGUGAUACUCUUUUUUUAAAUAAAUCAAAUGUGUUUUGCUUUCAUUUUGUGCACGCAAUGUUAAUGUUUUCCCAUGAGAUGUCUAAA